AUGACGGCGGCGGUGGUUGGUAGGGGCGGAGGUGGCGGCGGGUGGCAACGACGACAGGUGGGUGGCGGUGGUGGUAGUUGGUGGCGGCAAAGGCGGUGGGUGGUGACGGCGGCGGUGGUGGUAGUGGGUGGCGGUGGCGGCGGAUGGUGGCGGUGGUCACACGUAGGAUCGGUGGGCGUCAGUGGUGGUUGGUGGCGGCGGCGGGUGGCAACGAUGGGCGUCGGUGGUGGUUGGUGGCGGCGAAGUCGGUGGUGGGUGGCAACGGUGGCAAUGGGUGGCGGCGGCGGUGGCUGUCGGGGUAGCGGGUGGCGGCGACUUGUGGGUGGUGACAACAGUGUGUGGUGA